ACCAAGACUAUUUCGGUCCGCCAUCUUCAACCGUCGAUUGUCGCUGCUAGAGUCCCUUCUGCCGUCUCUACGCGAGCCAGAACCAACAGAUUCGCCCCCAAUCAUGCCGGUGAGAAAACAAGAUGCACACCGCGCUCUCGAGCUCCUCGAAGACUACCACUCUAAACUGACUCGCCCGGAUGACCGGCCACUUCGCACCGCCAUCGAGAGAGUCAUCAGAAUAUUUCGCAGCCGCCUCUUCCAGGCUCUUCUCGAUAUCCAGGAAUUUUAUGAGGACACUCUACUGGAUGGCACCAAAUCGGUCGACCAGAAGACACAGGAAACGAUGGAUAUGGCUACAGCCUGGGAGAAGCAGUCACCGAUGCCUUACAGGAAGGUGACCAAGAAGGAUGGCGAACAGGAGGCCGAGAAAGAGCCUACACCACCACCACCUCCACCUCCAGUCGAAGCUUUAAUGGAAGAGGCUUCUGCUGUUGCUAUGGUCGAGACUGUUGAAUCGUUGCCCUUGCCGCCUCCUGAUCCAGAGAUUCUAAACCAGCUUGAUGAACCGAAGACUGUGACUAAUGCCGUUGAUCAAACUGAUGCUGGCCAAGAAAGUUGGCAAUGGGAGCAAGAGACAAUUAUCUUGGAGAAGGGAACACAAGCACUCGGAUUCAGCAUUGCAGGAGGACUGGAUCACCCUCAAGCCGAGGAAGACUACGGUCUAUAUGUGACGAAAGUCAUGGAUAAAGGAGCUGCAGCAGACGAUGGCAGACUAAAGACCGGCGAUUGCAUUCUGAGCGUCAACGGUGUCGUUCUCGACAAGGUGAUGCAUCAGGACGCCGUCGACACGCUCCGCAAUGCAGGAACGACAGUAACUCUAGUCAUUAGACGUAAGGUACCUCUGGCCGCUAGUGCCCCCGUUAGUUCCAAAGUAGAAGAGCCAAUAGAGAUUGUGUUGGUUAAAGGUGGAAAGGGUCUCGGUUUUAGCAUUGCUGGUGGCACCGAUAAUCAACACAUCAGCGGAGAUGAUGGGAUAUUUGUGACGAAGAUUAUCGAGGGCGGAGCCGCCUCGGUCGACAAGCGCCUCGCAGUCGGUGAUUGUAUUCUAAGUGUGAAUGAAAAGUCUCUGGUGGAUGUGACACACGAUUACGCCGUUUCGGUCCUAAAAGCGACUCAACAGACGGUGAAAUUAGUGAUCACCAAGACUUCAUUGUUGCCGCCUGAAAAAGAAAAGCCAGUCAAGAGAUCAAAAGCACCUCCGCAUGCCAAGUCUCCUCCGGUUAGUGCGAUGCCGGCCGUUGGGCUUGCAAUGAUUCCACCGGAACCGAAGCAGGUGUCGCCGCACGGUGGUGUGAGGGAACCACGAGACGUCGCACUGAGUAAAGGUCACCAAGGACUCGGCUUUAACAUUGUCGGCGGCGAGGACGGCGAAGGAAUCUUUAUAUCGUUUAUAUUGGCCGGCGGUGCUGCUGAUCGAAGUGGCCAGUUGAAGCGAGGAGAUCAAAUACUUUCUGUCAACAGUAAAGAUUUGAGAAUUGCGACGCACGAAGACGCCGCUGCUGCAUUAAAGGGUUCGGGUGCGACUGUGCAUAUGAGGGUUCAAUACAACCCUGAAGAGUAUGCCAACUUUGAAGCGAAGAUCAACGAUAUGAAAGAGCGUGCACAAGGUGCCGGUACGGCAGCCGGAUCAUUGCGAACAUCGGCCAAGAAAGAACUCUUUGUGAGAGCACUCUUUGAUUACGACAAGAACAAAGACUCAGGACUUCCCAGCUCAGGCCUCAGCUUUAGACACGGUGACAUUCUUCACGUGACGAACGCUAGUGACGAUGAGUGGUGGCAAGCGAGACGAAUCACGGCUGAAGGAAUAGAAGAAGGUCAAGGCGUCAUCCCGAGCAAGAAGAGGGUCGAAAGGAAAGAGAGAUCGAGGCAAAAGAGUGUCAAGUUCUCAAAGUCCGUGAACAAGGACGACAAGAAGGGCGGUAACGGCGGACGAAGGAGGAGCUUUAAUCUGUCGAAGCGAAUACCAUUUUUCAGGAAGAAGGAAAAGGCACCGAGCGAAGAGAAACUCGAAGAGGCCGUACUAUCGUACGAUGAAGUGACUCAGGAAGAGAUCAGUUAUGCGAGGCCGGUGAUUAUUUUGGGUCCGCCGAAGGAUCGGAUCAACGACGAUUUGAUUCAAGAGUUUCCCGAACGCUUUGGCAGCUGCGUGCCUCAUACGACUCGAGGUGCUCGUGAGUACGAGGUCGACGGUCGAGAUUAUCACUUUGUGGAGUCGCGCGAGCAAAUGGAACGCGACAUUCAGAAUCACAAGUUUAUCGAGGCAGGACAGUACAAUGAUAAUUUGUAUGGCACUAGCGUUGCCGCCGUGAGAGAAGUAGCCGAGAAGGGCAAACAUUGUAUACUGGAUGUCAGCGGGUAUGCGAUCAAACGACUAGAAGUCGCCGCUCUCCAACCUAUUGCGGUGUUUGUUCGACCGAAGUCGGUUGAUUCGAUCAAGGACAUGAAUAAACGAACUCGGGACGACGAAGCCGAGAAAAUGUUCGAGAGAGCCGCCAAACUCGAACAAGAAUUUGCCGAGUAUUUCACAGCGAUUGUAACCGGUGACACAUACGAGGAGAUAUACUUGCAGAUCAAGCGGAUCAUUCACCAAAACUCUGGCCCACUCAUCUGGGUGCCCGUUCGAGAUUCCAAAGACCUCGACUGAUUGUCCCAAGUCAGAACUCGAUGGACGUGCCAGUUUGACAUUAGCAGGUGAUUUGCAUAUGUGGUAUUACUAAAUUGGUUGAGGGUAGGGGACGAGUUGAUUUUGUGGUGCAAGUUUUUUUGCUGUAGCUGUAGCUCAAACGUGCACUAAUAGACUGUUUAACCUUGA